CCUCCAGUGUUAGCGAUAAACCCCCCUCGGGAUGUUUAUCGUCAGAACUCUGGUGUUUUUGAGUACUUCUCUCUUCUUUUUUCGUAAUAUGCUUUAUGUCAUGUUGUUCUUGGAGGCAGCCGUCAACGUCUCCUUCUUUUACCCAUGGACAGACUCCCCGUAGAAAUCGUCUCUAAAAUCAUCGAUUAUCUUACUCCGCGAGAGCAGGUUCAGCUCCAGCUGGUCUCGAGGCGCUUCCUUGCUCUUGCCCGAGACAAUCACCUGUGGAGGCUGCACUGCUACGAGGCAUCAUGGGCCUCGAAGACGGAUGCAGUUUCAGCCCGACCGGCGUCUGAAAGCCUUCAUACAUCCUCCGUUGCGCCGCUUAGUUCGCUAGGGCCAGGCUCGCUCCGAUUCUUGAUCCAACCCCGGACACGAUCGAACGGUGGUGGAGUGACAGGACACACGGCCCAGCGUUCCUCCUUGGGCAGGAGGUCGAGAGCUGCAGCAGAGUGGGAUCCUUCGUAUGAGACGGAAGAUGUGGACUGGUAUUCGGAGUAUAUCGACCGGCAUGGGCCCAUCUCAUUUAGUUGGUUGCAGCAGCCCUAUACGGUCAACGAGUCACGACGGAAGAAAGAAUUCUGCGAUGUGAAGGGCAUGGGACUGUUUCGGGACUGGAGCUCUGCGAGGGAAGAUAAGGUCGUCGCGCCCGUGGAUAACGGGGGCGUGGUCAUUUGGGAUCUGAACUAUUCGCACGCCAACAAUACGCAGACGCGGAAAGGGAGGAUUGUGGGUUCCAGUGCUCCUGGGGUUCUUUUAACAGACACGUCAGGAAGGAGUAGAACGACAACCUUGGAGUUCACCAAUAUUGGUGAGUGCAUGAGCGUCGAUUCGAUCAGUCGGAGGGCCUACAUAGCGGUGGGGAACGUCCUCAACGAGAUCGAUUUGGAGACUCUGAGGUUGGUGUCUCAGAAGAGAUAUGCGUGGUCGAUCUUUGCCAUGUCGCAGGAGACGGAUUAUUCAGUGCCUUUGACACUAGCGACUACUCUUAGUCUACACAUAUACGAUUCUAGGCUUCCGGCACGCGAGGAAGAGGCAGAGAUCAGUCUCCGGUGCGAAAGAGAGCCAUCUCCUUUCCUGUCUGCAUCGAGCGUCUACCCACGACCCGAUUCCCCCUAUUUCCAGCUCCAAGCGGAUGGCCAACCUCCUCAUCGCAUACGCAGUCCGGAUCCGUCAGAUGUGGGCACCAACUAUGCUCCUCUCUUCCAACCCGGGCCUCUCUCGAUAUUGCACCCUCCCGCGCCACAUGUAAAUACGAUUCUGCUGGCCGGGCGCUUCCCCAGUAUUCUCUCCUAUGACCGCCGUUUCUUCCCACAACUGCAGAGCACGGUGCAUUCAGGAGGCCGGCUGUGCGGGCUAGCUUCGAUACCAGCACCCAAGUUCCCCGUCUCAUCAGAUGCCACAUGGCCACCAUCACAUAAAAUAGUUGCGUGCGGCGAAUACAACGGAAAGGGCUCUCUCGCGCUAUACGAUCUCACUUGUUCUGCGGCAGAAACGAACAAUGAGCUGUCCAAUGAAUCCUCCACACUGUCACCGCCAAGAUACCAGAAUCGCCAGAGUGCCGCCAGUUCCAAGCUGCUUUCUGUGGCCUCCCAUGGGACACGGAUUGCAUAUUCUGACUCUGAGGGGAACAUCAAGUGGGUAGAGAGGGAUGGACGUGGGGAGGUUCGUCGAUUCAAUAUCAAUUCGUACCAUGCUAGGACUCCGAAUCGACAAGACUCUACCGAGCAGAGAGGUUCCGACGAGACGAGUGGGUCACGACUAUUUCCCAAUCAUCCCAGCGAUGAAGGUGAUGUGGCACGUAAGAUUCUCCCUACGGGUGCAAAUCUGACGGGUGACGAGCUUCUUGUGUGGACGGGGGACCGGAUCGGACGUAUCAGAUUCGCAGCGAAUCCCGACGACUCCAUGGACGAAGAGGACGACGAAGUGUUCUCCGACGAUGGCCUUGAUCCUGUUUCUCGUCAAGAACGACGACACACUAGACAAGAGGAAAAGAUGCGAGAGCAAGAAUACUCGGAAAUGAUGCGUCGGGCACUCGAAAUGCAAGGAGACGAAGUGAUAUGGAUGGGAAGGCUAGGUAUGGCGUGAUCACCGCUCGCGUUCAUAACCUGAAGCUUGUGGCUGGACAGGGGAGGUUCAGAUGGACGGUCCAUCUGCGGGCAUCCUCUUUUUUGUCUCGAGCCAAGCGUAUAGAGAAGGACUUGUCUUCUUGGAUGCAUUGAUGCGUUCAUCAUACUAACCAUACACAGGCCGAUUCGGAGUUUUUGGAUAAUUCCUAGCAAUAGUUAGGCAUUAGAUGGCGCGAUCGAUUCUUGCAGUCGACAGUCAACCGUGAUGCGUCUGGCGAGGGUGAAAGCAGAAUUAGUUUCGGGAAUCUGUUGCAUAGAUGAAAGAUAUAUAAAUAAUCGUCUAUAUCAUGCGUCUGGGAGCAAGAGACUUCUGUCCGGUCUUUAUCUACUCUUAUACUUACUUAUAUAUAUCUACGGGUCCCACAAUUAAUUUCCUUCUUAUUAUUUACAAUCACUAGUUAAGUAGCUUCUCCUGUCUACCUCUACUGGCAUAAAUAAAAAUGGACGCUUCUUGAC